GACAAGAGUUGAACCCUUUCAGAGUGAGAGGAGUGAAGAUAUUUUUUGUUUUGUAUGGUUUCCCCAUUUCCUUGUUCGGUUUUGUUGAGUGCUGAAGACUAAGAACAGCUUUCCUCAUUCUCAGUUUCAAGUUAUGGCUUCCAACGAAGAGGGAAAAAUCUCUUUGAAAUAUUGGGUUGACGAUAAAAAAGAACGUGUAAUUGUGGCGGAAGCAAGUGGGGAGUUGGUAGAUGUUCUCUUCAGUUUCCUUACCCUUCCAUUGGGAACUAUUAUUCGGCUUUGGGACACCUCUGAACAACAACAAAGGCGUGAGAACACUUCUGAACAACAAGAAGGACCUGGUUGCAUCAACAAUCUGUGCCCGAGUUUUAAGGAUAUUUUGGGACUUCGGAACAACUCUCAACAACAAGUAGGACGUGAGAACAUCUCUGAACAACUAGUAGGGCGUGGGAACACCUCUGAGGAACAAGAAGGGCGCGAUAACAACUCUGAGCAACAACAAAGGCCUGACAACAGCUCUGAACAACAAGAAGGGCUUGAGAACAGCUCUCAACAACAACAAGGACAUGAGAACACCUCUGAACAGCAACAAAGGCGUGAGAACACCUCUCAACAACAACAAGUAGAGCAUGAGAACAACUCUGAACAACAACAAAGGCGUGAGAACACCUCUGAACAACAAAUAGGGCAUGAGAACAACUCCGAACAACAAGAAGGACCUGGUUGCAUCAACAAGCUGUGCCACAAUUUUAAGGAUAUUUUGGGGCUUCGGUCUAAACAACAAGUAGGGCUUGGUUGCAUCAAGGAGCUUUACCAGAGUGUUAAUAAGUUGGACUCUGAUGUUUUCAGGAACAACAACUGCCAGGAAAUGUUGCAUUCUCCGCGCAACCCCUUAGAGAGCUCUUGCCAGAGACUAAAAGUGAAAGUGGAUGAUACAAAACCCACAAAGUAUUUCAUGUGUCAUAACUGUUUAAAAGAAGGAAGUAAAUUGUUGGUGAGUUCUUUAUCUGAUGUAAAGUGCGACUGCGGGUCAUUGAUGAGAAAAGAAAUAGAAAUGCUGGAAGAGCAUGGUGGUGACGAUGGUGUUUUUGUCAAAGGAAAGGCCAUGUUUUUGAUCUAUGAUGACUUGACAGUGCGCCGAAGCUCUCCAAGUGAAUCCAUUAAAUCACCCAUCAAACUUGGACACAAAAAACUCGAAAACCAGAUAGAAGAGGAGCUUGACAGGAAAAAGAUACUAAACAUACUGAAGCAAGCAUUAACCUCCAAAACCCCGCUUAGUGAUGUAUUAUUAGGAAAGGAGUCCAAGCGAUCGGUCUCAUUCUCACGAGUUAUUGGCUCCAGUGGUUCCAAAGAUUAUUUAGAAAUCAAGGUAAUGGUGAGCAAAGCAAAGAACAAGAUUCUAUUUGUUGAAGCAGAUGGAGAUUUUGUCGAUUUUCUAGCCAGCUUCCUCACAACACCUCUUGGAUCUAUUAUGAACCUUAAGAGUAACAAUUUUUCCUUUUGCCUCAUACCACUUCUUGCAUCUAUUCUGAAGAUUAAGAAUGGCAAAUUGCCGUUGGGUUGCAUUCGUAACUUAUACAAAAGUGUGAAGAAUCUGGAUCCAUCGUGGUUCAUAAAGUCAUCAAACAGAUCCUUACUGAAUCCAAAGGUGGCUCCUCAUUUUGGUUGUGAGAGAAAUCCACUAUUGAAUGCAAAUCAAGAUGACACUGCCAAAUAUUGGUGUGGCCUUAGAGAAAUGAAAAAUGAGAAGGGUCGUAUCAUCUCUAAAAAGAGAAUGAUUUCAAAGAAACGCGAUAUGCUACAACAACCAAAAGAUAUCAAACUUUUGGACCCAAGAUCUUCAGAUAGAGCAAGAAAAGAUGGUGUGGGAUUUAUGAAGAGGCCGUGUCUAUUUGUUGUGAAUGAUGAUCUGACAGUGUUACCAAUGACAACUACUUCAAGUAUUUCAUGUUCAUUUAUGGAUGACACCCCGUUUACUAAAUUGGAGGAACAUUUGGUGAAAAUAAAGAAGUCAGAGGCAAUAAACCUCUUGAGGGCUUCUUUAACAUCCGACAAAGGUGCUUUUACUGGGAGCCUAUCCUCCUUAUUGUGGACUUGGAGAUUCCAAAGACUCAUUCCAGGUUGGAGUUUAUUUAGAAGGAAGAGAAUAAAAUGGGAAGAAAAAAGAAAAAGACAAAAACGUGAGAAAGAUAUCGACUUAAAUGAUAAGAAAGAGAAAAAGAAACAAGAAAAAAGUGUUGUAGAAUCUAAAAGGGAGAAGGAAGAGAACAAUAAUAAUUCAGUGCAGAAUACAAAGGAAGAAGUCAAACCCAAAAGUGUGGGUGAUAAGUGAUAAAGGGUGGAGUGGAGCAAUGCUGCGUUAUAUUUUGGUGUAUGAAAUAAUUGUGUUUAAGUGGAUUUGAUGAUCAUUUAACGUUUUUUUUUCUUGUUUUAUGCAUGUUCUUAUAAUUCUUCAAGUAUAACUACAAAUCUAUGAGGUAACAUACUCUGCCAAGUUUCAAAGGCAUAGAAACUGUGUUGGGAGAUGCCUAUGUAAUAAAGCUGGUACAUGAUUGAUAA